AUGCGAUUUUCUUCUGUAGGCAAGACUGUGCUGUUCUGCCUUGGCCUCGGGGUCAUCAGCGUCGCAGCUCAGCAACCGCCGAAUCGCCAGAUAGACCCGACCGUCUUCCCCCAGAUCAAGCCUACCGACAAACUGCAGUGGACCGACUGCUACGAAGUGUUCAAAUGUGCGCGCCUCUCGGUAAGUGAUGUCUCGGUACCCGCCAAAGUGGACGGCAAAGGCUGCACCGAACGCGUUGAGAUCGCGAUCAUCAGAUUGCCUUACAAGCAGGCCGACCCGAGCAUGCCAGCCCAGCAACUUGGCACACUGCAUAUACAACUUGGUGGCUGGUCUUCAUCCAAUACCAACUUCCUCGUCCGUUACGGCGAGUCCUACGCUCCUCUGUUUGCGGGCUACGAGCUUCUGGCUAUUGACUACCGCGGCCACGGCUGGUCCACCCCAUCCCUGACCUGCUUCCCUGACGAAUCCUCGCGACAAGCCUUUGGCCUCUCCGAGCCCGCCCUCCUCGGCACGCCAGACAAGAGAACCACAACGCCACCCUGGGUCGCCCGCGCAAAGACCUUUGCCUCGUCCUGCAAGAAACAUGCCGCAAAGGCCGCGCGGUACGGAGGCAGCUACGCAGCCGCCGAGGACCACGUGACGGUCAUGAAGGCCAUGGGCAACACCAAGCUCAGCUUCUGGGCCAUAUCCUCGGGCGCCAUCGUCGCACAAACCGUCGCGUACAAGUACCCGGCCGUGGUGGACAAGUUCCUGCUCGACGCGCCCGCGGCAGCGGAGCUCGCGUACGGCCGGGACCCGUGGCAGAGCACGAUAGCACAGGGAUACGUGCUCGAGGACUCGAGCAAGGGGCUCGACGCGUUCCUGUACACUUGCCUGAACGCACGGCCCGAGUCCCCGUGUAGCUUUGCCAACAGCAACACCACGACCCUGGCGCAGAUGAAGGCCCGCUUUGACAAGAUCGAGGCCGCGCUCAAGACCGCCAGCAGGAACGGCCGGGGCGGCCUCGCGGUGCCCGGCUCGACGGGACCGCGCAAGUUCACCUGGUCCACCUUCAAGUACAUCGAGUCCAUCGCCCUGCAUUCUCCAGGGUUCUUCCCCGUCCUCGGCGGCGUCCUGUCUGAGCUCGAGGCCGGCCAGUUCCCGCCCUCGGGCGGCUGGACGUCGUACGCCAUGAGCAACGUCACGUACCAGCCUCCCCAGCCACUGCCGAUGCUCACCGAGGACGCGACCUUUGACGGCCUGCUCGCGGGUCUGUGCACUGACGCACAGAGCAGCGGCGGCGGCAGCGCCGGGAGUUUCGAUGCGUACUACGACGCCCUCGAGGCCGCUGCGCCGGCGGUAAGUCCCGUCUUCGGCAGCUGGCGCCUCUUCUGCGACGCCUGGUCCAUCUCUCCCGUCAACAAAUACCGCGGGCCCUUCUCUGCCCCUACACUGAGCGGCGGCGGCAGCGGCAAGGUCGUCAUCGUGAACAACGCCGCCGGCGACCCGGCCAGCAGCAUCCGCAACGCGGAGCGCAUCAAGGCGAGCAUCGGCGGCUCGGUGGUCGUGCAGACGCGCGCGGCGGGGCACACGAGCUUUGUCACGGCGAGCGGGUGCUUCUUCAAGGUCGCCAACGAGCUCUUUGUGCAAGGGAUCGUGCCUCAGGACGGGCUUGUCUGUGAGGAGGUGUUUGCGCCGCCGUUUGGGGUGCAGAUUCCUGCUUCGUUCUAAGAGAAUGUGCAGCAAAGAGCUUCUUAAAGAGGUUGCAAGUGUAAGGACUGGUCUUGGAGUUCUAUAGCGAGAGGGUUGCGGCGGAAACGUUUGCUGUGUGGAUGGUAGUUGGAUGGCAAACGCGAGGUGAGUCAACCUUAAGGAAACGGUCGUGUAAUGGUUGGCCUUCUCUUCUUCUCUCGGGUCUUCAGGGCAUACAGUCGAGGUGGACAUAGUGACAGGAGUAGCACAUUAUGCAAUAAGCUGGAUCAAGCUGGGAGCUCUUACUAAUGGAAAGCCACACUUAAUGGAACACACAUUGUCAUAC